UAAUUAUGUUGAUGAAUGGCACUGAAAGAUGCACCUCUGUUUUUCUCUCUAGAUUUUACUGCAAGAGCCAAACCCUGUCACCUGCCCUGCAGUCAAGGGCCUCUAUCUUCUCUACGAGCUGCUUUCAAGAGAACAAGAUCAAAUUCUCAGAACGACAGCAGAACAGAGAGGAGGCGACCGAACAUCACCAUCGUCUCAGUGGAACCUCUAGCCAGAAACACCUGGUUCACUGGAGGCCCUGUGGUUUUUCCACCUCAAGCAGACUGGUGCGCUGGCAUCCAGGCUGUUUCACAGCCCCCACCAUCCUAUGACCAGGUGAUUAAAGAGAAAACACAGAGAGAUCACCAAGCCAAGCCCACUGCUGCACCACGUCAGAGCAUCUGCAGGUCUACAUCUGGAGCACAUUCUGACCCAGUUAGGAACAACACUGAUUCACCCUGCAGUGCCACCUGCUCACAUGCAGAGGGAAUCCCUACAGCCAAAAAGCCCAAUAAGCCUCCAAGGUCUUCAUUGACAAAAGCAUCCAACGCAAAAGGAGGCAUCAAGAUUGCAAGAAAAACACCAGAACCCACAAGUACAAGGGGUUCGAAUUGGGACUGUGAUCCGGAUUUAAGGGGAUUUGAGAACACAGCCUCAGAGCAUAAAUCUGUCAUUGUGCACUGGAACAUUCCUACAAACCGUCAGUCUGACAGUUCUGUUUCUGUCACUCCUGCUGCUUCAAACUUAGAAAGUAGACCAGUUGCACGCCCUCGAACAAAACUGCACCAAAAAACAAUAAUAGAGGAGGAGAGGCAAUCAAUUACACUUGGAGAAAACUGUGACACACCUCAAUCUCAUUCACAGGAGGUGCCCACUACUGAGUAUUUAGAGGAAUUGCUGAGGGUCAGUGAAGGCAACACAUUUGGAGACAGCAGGUAUUUCAUUGACCAAUCUUUUGAGGAAUUACUAGAUGAAGAUGCUGAUGGAGCAAUGAGCACCAACAACAAUAAUCGAAAACUUAGUGCCAGAAUCCAGGCUUUUGAGAGCCAAUCUGGUACUGGUGAAGAAAAUGGGUCCCAACCAGGGACCCUUGACCUUCCACCAAGGAGGGCCUCCUACAAACCUCCAGUGGCUUCAAAACCGUCAGUAGCUGUCAAACCUCCACGUACAAAUGGCCCCAGUCAAAACAUGGCAGCUUCACAAAACCAAGAACCGACAACAAGACCCAAGCCUCCGACAAAACCAGUGGGGCAUUCUGUAAGACAAGAGCUGGAGGCUUUACACAGCAAUGGGGGUCUGCCAAAUCAAUCACGGCCCUUUGGGUUGACCAGAUCCAACAGCAUUCAUGAAGAGGAGAGGGUAACAUCCCCACCUUUACCUCCAGUGAAACCAUUCAAAGAACCUCUCAAACCCAACCUGAACUUAAACAAUCACAACGUGUACGCACAGAACGAGAACAUGUUCACCCCUUCGAGAAAAGCCCCACUUAUCCCUCAGUUUAGUUUGGACAGCAGUGGAAGCUCUGCUAAAAGACAAGGUUCUGCAAGAAGACCAACCACCAUCAGGGUUCCAGGCAAGGGGGCUGCAGAUAAUUAUCAGGAUGGUGGUGCUCCUCCUGUCCCAGUUAAGAAUCCCAUAGGCUCCAUGAACUCCUCGAUGAACUAUAAGCAAAGCCUUACACCAUCAAAGUCUUUUCAGAACACUUUCAGUACAGGUCCGGAGCCACCGCUUCCACCAAGGAAGCCCAGUAUGAAGAAAGCCAUCCCGCCCUGCCCUUCUCCAGCAAAAGCAGGCCCUGGAAGACCUCCUCCACCUAACCUCCAGGCAUGUGGUCGAUCUCAGUCAGCACCGCAGCAACCUUCGCCAAAACUAAAGUCGCAGAAACCCACCAAAAAAGGACUGGUGUUGCCUCCAAGGCCCAGUCCAGGUCACCGCCUGUACAACAAUUAUAUACUUCCACUACCGCAUGGGAUUGCAUCUGCAGAUUUUGAUGGCAGUAACACAGGGGAGCUGACACUUCAGAAAAAUGAAGUUCUUAUGCUUCUGGAAAAGAUUAACCCCAAAGAAUUUGAGUGCCAAAUUGGAGAAACCACGGGGAGAGUCCACAAGUCUCGGAUGAAAAUCAUAACUCCUCUGGAUUCAGACUCGUCUUACCCACAGGAUGGAGGGGCGUCUGCUUCAGGUGGAGGCAGUGACAGGCUUAAGGUCAAAGCUUUGCAUGACUUUGAUCCAGAAGGUCCAAGGGAGCUGAGUCUGAGAGCAGGAGAUGUUGUGACUGAGGUGGAGCAAGUGGACAGUGAGUGGUACCUAGGGACCUGUAAUGGAUCUACAGGUUACUUUCCCAUCAAUUAUGUUACCAUCUUGUCACAGUCACCAAAACCUUUACCCAAGAAGAAAGCAAAGACACAGCCUGCCUCUGUCAGUGGUCCGAGAUGUGUGGCCAGGUUUGACUUUGAGGGGGAGCACAGUGACGAGUUGUCAUUCUUAGAGGGGGACGUGAUCCAGCUGGAGGAGUACGUGGGACAGGACUGGGCUCGGGGGCAGAUUGGCGUCAAUGUUGGCAUCUUCCCCUUGACCUUUGUGGAGAUCAUAGAGGAUCUCCCUCCUCCCCCGAGUCAGCAGCAGGCUGCUAGGAUAGCGCUGCCAGGCCUUACGGACCCUUCUCCUUUUGAACAACCAGAAGCUGCCAAACCUGUUCAGGAUGAAAGGUCCAGCGUGGAAUGGGCAGUGGCUCUUUAUGAUCAUCCAGCAAAGACGCCAGAUGAGCUUUCGUUUCGAAAGGAUGACUGUAUCCUGAUUACCAAGCAUUUAAAUGAGGAUUGGUGCAGUGGCAGGCUCAAUGGCAGAGAGGGCAUGUUCCCCAGGGCUUUCAUCGAGUUCUCAUCAGGAGACCAUCAGGAUGACAGCCCACAAUAUGGAGCCGCUAGCUGUGUGAGAGGAAAGGCUCUUUAUAGCUUCACAUCAGACUGUGAGGAGGAGCUUUCACUCCAGGUCGGGGACGUCAUCACCAACCUGGAGUCAGUGGACGAUGAAUGGUUUCUGGGGGACUUGAGGGGAAAACGGGCCCUUGUCCCUAAAAACUAUGUGCAAGUCAUUGAUUAAUGCCUAAUAGCCAGCAGAGCUGCAGCACAGAAAAAAACUGCAAAGCUGGAUAUGUAUUCAGUCAUAUUUGGGAAGCAUGAAAACUAAAACAGUAUUUAAAGUUAUGAAAAUAUUCUCCAAAAUCAUUUAAGUAUUUUUUUAAAUGUUCAUUUUAAAUAUUAAAGAUGUUUGCCAAAACCUUUCUGCCUUUUCUGAACU